GCGCCAUUUCAUUUCAGUCAAGCAGAUAAGGUUUCUCUCUCAUCCCCUUCUCCUUCUCUUUCCCAUUCACUGUGCAGAACUAAUUUUGUGUCUUGACAAAGAGAAGGAAAAGAAAAGAGAGUUUACUUAACUUCGAGUCCGUCGCAGUUUUUCCAAAUUGUAAACCCUAAAAGGUUACGAAUAAUUGAUUCUUGAAUCUCCUAGUUACUAACAAUGGCUUUGGCCCUUCAGGCUUCUCUCGUUCCCAGACCCUCAAUCACGCAGCUAAACCCUCUUUCUCUCACUCCAAAACCCCAGAUUUUCAGAUUCCACUCUCAAAGGUUUAUUUGUCCAACUUCUCUAAAGUCCAGGUAUUUCCGGCACAGCUUAGUUGCUUUUUGUACGUUGAGUUCAGAGAAUGUAAAUUCGGAUACUGGCCUAGGUGAUAGUAAUGGCUUUAGAGGAAAAGCCGAGCAGGAUGAGUUGAAUGAUGUAGUUGUAUCAUCGACCGAACGAGAAGUCAGUGGCGAAGCAAAAAACGAGGAUGUGGAGAAGAAGAGGUUGCCGAUUGUGGUGUUUUUGAUGGGAUUUUUCACGAGGUUGAAGAAUUGGAUCGAGCGUGUAUUUUAUUCGGAUUUGUUCAGCUUGGGGAGGUUUUGGAGCCACGAGAAGCAUUUGGAGCGGUUGAUUGAGGAGGCAGAUGCGAAUCCCAUGGAUGCUGCUAAGCAAAGCCGUCUGUUGGCCGAGCUCAAUAAGCACGACCCCGAGUCUGUCAUCCAGCGAUUUGAACAAAGAGCACAUGCUGUAGACAGUAGCGGAGUAGCAGAGUACCUUCGUGCGCUGGUGGCCACUAAUGUAAUUGCUGAAUAUUUGCCUGACAAACAAUCUGGAAAGCCUUCUAGUCUUCCUUCAUUGCUUCAAGAGUUGCAACAACGUGCAUCAGGGAAAAUGGAAGAGCGUUUUGUGAACCCUGGUAUAUCCGAAAAACAGCCAUUACAUGUUGUGAUGGUGGAUCCUACUAAAAUGGCAAGUAAAUCGUCCCGCUUUGCACAAGAGGUCAUAUCAACUAUUUUGUUCACUGUUGCUGUUGGUUUAGUAUGGGUAAUGGGUGCUGCUGCACUUCAAAAGUAUGUUAGUAGCUUAGGUGGAAUAGGGACUCCUGGAGUUGGUUCGAGUUCUUCGUACGCCCCAAACGAACUGAACAAAGAAAUAAUGCCCGAAAAGAAUGUUAAGACAUUUAAAGACGUCAAAGGAUGUGAUGAUGCUAAACAAGAGCUCGAGGAGGUUGUAGAGUAUCUCAAGAACCCUUCCAAAUUCACGCGACUUGGAGGGAAAUUACCAAAGGGAAUCCUUCUUACAGGAUCACCUGGGACAGGAAAAACUCUGCUUGCAAAGGCUAUUGCGGGAGAGGCUGGUGUGCCUUUCUUUUACAGGGCAGGAUCCGAGUUUGAGGAAAUGCUCCAUGCAUCGUUUUCAUUGAUGAAAUUGAUGUCGUUGCAUCCUACUCGGAAGCAGUGGGAAGGCCAUACAAAGAAAACGCUGCAUCAGUUGCGCGUCGAAAUGGAUGAUCUGGCAAAUUUGGUAAAUAUUGCCACUAUUAAAGCCGCGGUUGAAGGUGCUGAGAAAUUAACAGCAGCUCAGUUAGAAUUCGCGAAAGAUAGGAUAAUGAUGGGAACUGAAAGGAAGACCAUGUUUCUCUCCGAAGAAUCAAAAAAGCACACUGCUUAUCACGAGAGUGGACACGCUAUAGUCGCCUUGAACACCGAAUGCGCGCACCCGAUUCACAAGGCCACGAUCAUGCCACGUGGGUCCGCGCUCGGGAUGGUGACUCAGCUUCCUUCUAAUGACGAAACUUCGGUUAGCAAAAAACAAUUAUUGGCCCGAUUAGAUGUUUGCAUGGGGGGGCGAGUAGCGGAGGAACUUAUCUUCGGACAGGACCACGUUACGACUGGUGCAAGUAGUGAUCUCAACACGGCUACCGAGCUAGCACAAUAUAUGGUAUCGAGUUGUGGGAUGAGUGAUGCGAUUGGACCCGUUCAUCUCAAAGAACGACCUAGUUCGGAAAUGCAGUCUCGUGUUGAUGCUGAAGUGGUUAAGCUAUUGAGGGAAGCUUAUAAUCGAGUAAAAGCUCUAUUGAAANUACACGCUCUAGCAAACGCGCUUUUUGAGUAUGAAACUCUAAGUGCAGAAGAAAUUAGACGCUUACUCCUUCCUUAUAGCGAAGGACGAUUAUCGUUCGAACAAGAACAGCAGUCGAUAGGGGAUGAAGAGCUUGUUUUGGUUUAAGCCACAAUAGAAAGUCCUCAUAAAUACAAAAAAUGAAGCUGUGUGUACAGUAUGUAAUGAAUUAGAUUGAUAAUCAUUCAUUAUUUUUGGUAUUUUUAAUUUUUAGGCACAAUCUCAUUUGGUUGUUGUAAAAUAUAGCUGCAUUAGAAUAUUUAAGCAGGACUUGUGAUUUUCAUUCAAAAUAUACA